CCACCGGCGCCCUGCGGCCCGCCCCUCCGGUCCCCGCCGCCGCCCGGCGUUCUGCCGUCUCCACCGCGAGCGGGCCGGGCCGCAGGAAGCAGCGUUCCGCUGGAGUGGAGCCGCCCCUCCGCCGGGCCCGGGCGAGCCGCUCUCCCACCACGGGAAGGGAGCAGAGGGAGAGGGGGCGGCCCCUCCACUCCGCACGCCCGGCCGCUAACCCCAAAGCCCUGUGUGAGAGCAUCCGCUCACCCUUUUGCCCGUACCUGCAAGCUCAGAGGGGCUGGGAAUGGAUUCUGAGGGCCUAGCCAGGCCUCUGUCAUCAGAGGAGAAGCCCUAAAAAUCAGCCCGGGGACGGUGUGUGACGGGAGAAGGGCAAGAGGUGUCAUGUGAACUUCUGCCCUGCCCACAGACCCAGCUUCAGGCCACCUGGGCAUGAAGAUGGUCUCACUCAGGGUGGGGGACCCCUGAGGGCUGAGGUCGGCAGCUCCUGCGGAAAGCUGCUCGCCUCCAGUCCCCGGAAGGGAGAGUGAAGUGUCUCCAGCCGCGUCUCCCUCCUUUGCCUCAGUCACGCACCAGGCAGUGAUUGUGACUCCUGGUUCCCAGUACCAAGGGAAGACCACUUCUCUGCUGGGGCAGAGGUGGGACCAGAGCCCCCAUCUCUGCUCUGCUCCGCUCUGCUCGAGUCUUCUGGAAUGGACCUACCUGCCGGGAAACCAGGUCACCCUUGUUCCUGGGCUUGCCUGCCCCCCGGGGAACACAGGUGGCCCGGGCAGUAGGAGCAGUGGCCGUGAGGCUGUGGCAGCAGCACUCGUAGCCGAGGAUGCCCCAGGCCCUGGAGUGUUCGGAGGGCUACUGGGCCUGGAUGGUGCUCCUGGCCUCUGUGGUGACCCAGGGCCUCACCCUGGGCUUCCCCACGUGCAUCGGCAUCUUCUUCACUGAACUGCAGCGUGAGUUCCAGGCCAGCAACAGCGAGACUUCCUGGUUCCCCUCCAUCCUGACAGCCAUGCUCCAUGCAGGGGGACCCUUGUGCAGCAUCCUGGUGGGGCGCUUCGGCUGCAGAGCGACGGUGAUGCUGGGCGGCGUGCUGGCCAGCCUGGGCAUGGUGGCCAGCUCCUUCAGCUGCACCCUCGGCCAGCUCUACCUCACGGCAGGCUUCAUCACAGGCCUGGGCAUGUGCUUCAGCUUUCAGUCGAGCGUCACUGUGCUGGGAUUCUACUUCACCCGCUGGCGGGUGCUGGCCAACGCGCUGGCCUCGGCGGGCGUCUCCCUGGGCAUCAUGCUCUGGCCACUGCUCUCCCGCUAUCUCCUGGAGGACCUGGGCUGGAGAGGCAGCUUCCUCAUCUUCGGCGGGGUUCUUCUCCACUGCUGUGUCUGUGGGGCCAUCCUGAGGCCCGUGCCUGCCACUGCGACCCCUGAGACCGGAGAAGGCCUCCCUCCACCUUCCAAGAGACCCGCACCAGGCUGCCCGGCAGCAUACGGUCGGGCCAUCCAGCGCCACCUGGCCUUCGAUGUCCUGCGGCACAACGUGGGCUACCGCGUGUACACACUGGGAGUCGUCUGGAUGAUCAUGGGUUUCCCACUGCCCCACGUCUUCCUGGUGCCGUAUGCCAUUUGGCACGGGGUGGAUGAACACAGGGCGGCCCUGCUCAUCUCCAUCAUUGGCUUUAGCAACAUCUUCCUGCGGCCCAUGGCUGGGCUGGUGGCAGGCCGGCGGGACUUUGCCAGUCACCGCAAGUACCUGUUCAGCCUGGCAGCCCUGCUCAACGGGCUCACCAACCUGGUGUGCGCGGCGUCGGCCGACUUCCGGGUGCUGGUGGGCUACUGCCUGGUGUACAGCGUGUCCAUGAGCGGCGUUGGUGCUCUCCUUUUCCAGGUCCUCAUGGACGUUGUCCCCAUGGACCGGUUCUCCAGCGCCCUGGGCCUCUUCACCGUCCUGGAGAGCGUCUCCAUCCUCAUCUCCCCGCCACUGGCUGGACUCCUCCUAGACACCACCAGCAACUUCAGCUAUGUCUUCUACAUGUCAAGUUUCUUCCUCAUCUCAGCCGCCCUCUUCAUGGGUGGCAGUUUCUGGGCCCUGGGGAAGAUGGAGAGGCAGGGCCCGCGGGCUGAGGUGGAAGGAGCUGUAACAGAGGCUGCCCCAGAGCAGGGCCUCACUAUGGAGGACACAGACGGUCCCAAGAAGCAGCAGCGCAUGGAGAUCAUGUAUGUGACCAGCGUCUGA